UUACCAAAAUAAAACACAAGUGCUUAUUCGGUGUAUCCUUGCGUGAUACGACACUGCAUUCGAAUAGGUGCACUGCCUUUGCGUACAUUGUUUCGUAAAUCGUGGUCAAGAGGACGAAUUCAUAUGUGUAAGAACAUGAAAAAGUAUCGGAAAAUGCUUAACUUUACUCCUCUUUGACGUCUUUCUUUUAGGAUGUGCGUACUCUUCAAGAUGCUGUUUAUUAGCUACGCCUUCUUUGCCUUGUAUAUCGGCUUAGUUCCUGCGGCAUGUGCAAGUAAAGAGGCAGGUUCGGGAUCGAAAAGUCAUUCAGAAAAAGCGGCAGAAGCCGAAAGUUUAUCUGAUCAACACCGCAAGACCGCAGAACAUACUUUUUAUUGGGCGCAAGGUGAACAAAAUGCAAAUGACAGAUAUGCAUAUCAACAAGCGAGAAAAAGUCAAUAUAUACAUCGUGAUCACCAAAAAAAGACUAAAGCUGCUCAUGAAGAAGCUCAUAAAGAGCAAAACAUCAGCAAACAGUAGAAGUAGAAUAGCUACAGCUGGCUCAAAUUCUUAUCAAAACAGCCGUUAUGACAGCUCUGUCUGUAGCUCUAACGACUUCAG